CCACUGCGCGUGUGUGUGUGUUUGUAUGUGUGUCUCCGUGUGCGUGUAUGUCUGUGUAUACCUGUGUGUGUGUUCCUUGACAUAGCACGUGGAUGCGGCGAGAAGGAGGCAGUAAGUGUGGUGGUAGUGGUGAACAAGCAGUGUGUCUGGUGUGGUGUUAGAGCAGACUGUACUGAGCUCAGUUCGGGACCUCACCUGACGAAGGGGUUAAUUGACUCACCUGAUAACAUGGAAUACACCGUCACGAAGACGACGGAGAGCGGGUCCUCGUGGCUGACGUGGGUGUCGCUGGGGGUGAUGACCUACGUGUACGUGGUGGGGGAGCUGAGCCACUUCCUACUAGGGAUCGUCUCUCGCCCCAUGAGCCAGGAACUACACUAUGGGGACCACGCCUGCCUCCCUAACCCACAAGUACCUGAGCAAUCACCUGAGUGUCGCACCUUGAACAGUAGCAGCUGCGGGAACCUGCUGGAGGAGGACAACAACACGACCUGUGUGUGGGACUACUCGGGCCUGGGGUUAGAUUAUCAGGUCCUCGCUGGUCCCGCCUUCGUCGCCGUCUUCACUACCGCUGGCGUCAUCAUCGGCUUCAUCUCUGACAAGUUCAACAGGAAGGUGGUGGUGACUGUUUGCUGCGGGGUGCUGACGUUGGCGACAGGGUUGACGGGGGCUGCCAUGAACUAUUGGCAACUGGUAAUUCUCAGGAUGACUACUAGCGCAGGGGAGUCGGCUUUCACCCCCGCCUGCAGCAGUAUGAUCUCCGACAUGUUCCACGAGUCUCAACGCGCCCUGGCUCUGGGAAUCUUCAACUGGGGUAUCUACUUCGGAUACGGCCUCUCCUACGCCGUCGGGAACUUCAUCACAGCAGCUAACAUCGUUGACAUGGGGUGGCGAUGGUCGUACAUUGUGACGGGGAUGAUGGGUGUGGUGGCAACCCUGUUACUUUUCCUGGUGGUGAAGGAGCCACCCAGGGCCAGCCAGGCGGAGGUCACGCAACAGCCCCCAAGGAUAACAUCCAUCAACGAGUUCAGUAAAGUCAUUAAGGCGGAUCCUGCAGAUAUUGACACGGAGUUUACGAAGAUUUAUAACUCUAAAAAUGAUGUGAGUUCCCCUACAGGUAGCCGGUUGACGGAGGGGCUACUGGGGGAGGAGUCUGGUCCCAAGGCAGUGGUCAAAGCACUCCUUCAGCCCGCCGUGUUAGUUCUGGCCCUCGCUGCUUGUAUCAGACACACAGCCGGGUUCUCGUGGGCGUACAACACCCAACUCUACUUCCUCACUUACUACCCCAACUUCAACAUCGGACUCUGGGUAAUGUGCGCUUCUAUCGUGGGCGGGUCGCUGGGUGUGGCUGUGGGCGGCUUCGUCUCUGACCGUCUAGUGAAGAAGUUGGGCGUGAAAGCCAGGCUAUACGUGCUGGCUGCAAGUCAGCUGAUAGCAACGCCCUUCGCUGCUGGAGUGCUGUACUUCCCUCCUCCAGGUUGCUUCUUCAUCCUGCUGGGGUCCUACGUCUUCGCUGAGAUGUGGUUUGGGGUGUUGUUCGCCGUGUUGCUGGAGCUGGUACCUAAAACAGUUCAGUCUACCUCCAUCGCUGUGUUCCUCUUCGUUAUGAACAACAUCGGUGGGAAUGUACCUGUCAUUGUUGAUCCUCUGUCCCACCUGUUGACCUACCGUGGCGCCCUCUACGUCAUGUACCCGGGAAUGUAUUUAGUUAGCGCUCUGUUCUUCUUCCUGAGUAGUUUCUUCCUGUGAGAGUCGACAUAGCAGAGACUCUAGAGAAUAAGGACCCCAGUUUAUUUCACCCGAGGAUUAAACACCCAAACGCUAACCUAACCUAACGCUAACCUAGCCCAACCUAACCUAACCUAACCUAACCUAACUGUAACGCUAACCUAACGUCCCAAAGGUAGCGAUAAGGUGUUAAACUAUCAGGUGAAAUAAGUUAGGGUGUUUAAUCUUCAGGUAAUGUUCGAAUUACCAUGUCUCGUCUCACCUGCCGCACCUGGAGAACACCUGCUGUCUUAUUGAUUCUAAGAGCCCACCUGCCUGCUGGCCCCAUCACCUGUGCAAAGCGUUUUAAUCGACUCCGGGAAACCAAGCACACGUCCGUAGCAAAUAUUGUAUUGUGCAGCCACGGACAACAAGCACGUACAGCACGAACAAUCGUACAUACAGCCACAAGCUACAACAGCCACGGUAAACCUUGUGCAAUCACGGACAGCCACUUGCAGCUACGUACACAAUGCCACUGUAAAACUUACUACAGCUACAAACAAACACGCACAAUCACGGACAACAGUUUAGCUGAGAAAACCCAUAAAAGCCGCUAACAAGAAGCUUUGGCAACAGAGAUAACCCUAAAGUUGUAAGCAACGUGCACCUAUAGCCUCAGCUGUAGGAUAAAGUGAAAGGUUGACAGUAAGAUGUGGUGGUGUGGCGAUGUGGUAGAGUGGUGGUAGGGUGUGGUGAUGUCGUGCCGGGGUGUGACGGCGUGAUGAGGGUGUGACGUGGCGGCGUGGUGUGGGAGUGUGGUGGUGACCGAAUAAUGUGAUGAAUUAACCCUUAAUUAUAUAACCUCUGAGGGGUGAAGGAGCCUUAAGAAUCCUGGGAACAAAAUAUAUAUAAUAAUCAAAUAAUCAUAUAUAUAUAUAUACUGUAUAUAGACUGUGUGUGUGUGUGUGUGUGUGUGUGUGUGUGUCAUGAUAACUAGUUCGUCUAUGAACAAUAUAUUCUUUUACCUAAUGUUAUCUUGAGAAUAAACUGGAAGGCACAUAACGAUGAGAAAGACAUUAUAAGACAUACCCUACUCGUCCGUCUGACAUAAAAUGGACAUGCUAAUUAAUUCUGCUAUUCCCUUCUGAGAGAUAAAGAGAAAUGGUAGGGGUAUUCUCUCUAUAUUGUGAGGCAGUAAUAUAGAGACAUACUAUUUCUCUCUUUGACCCGUGAGACAUACAUCUCAUUCUACUCUUCCCUCGUGAGACAUAACAGAUAGGAACAUAAUUAUCUUCUGUUCCCUGUGUGAUUUCCUGCCUCCCCCCACCUCCCUGCCUGCUCCCCUGCUUCCCUUGCCUGCCCUUACCUCCCUGCCUACCUCCCUUACCUCCCUGUCAAAGCCCUCUACCUACCUUUCUUCCUCCCUGCCUCCCAUGUACUCUUCCUCAGGGGCUUUUACUGUACAAGACGUCCUCUAUAGUCUAUGAAUACUCCCAUAGUCUCCCACUCAACCUCUGGUCGUGUAAAUGAGUACUUAAUAAAAUAGGAAAAUAAGUUCUGAUUGGCUGCUGUCUUUAUCAAUCCGCAUAAUAUAUGAGUUUUAGUUGGUCUUUGGUGAUGAUGGUGCCUCUAGUGGGUUCAGUGCCCUCUUAGAUCGGUGUCUUGAGAUGGAACAUGAAAGUCGCUGGUUACUGGAACACCUGUUUAAAGAGACAUGACAUGACAUGACAUGACAUGACCUGACACCACGGAGUUGACGCAGAAGGGAAACUUUCCCUUCUGCGUCAACUCCGUCAGGUAGGUUGUGUUGUGGAUGAGAGUUAGUGUUAUUUGUCUUGUUUUGAACGUGUGUUGUGUUGUGUCUUCUCGUUCAAGUAUUUGUUUACGUUUGUAUAAUGUGAGUCUUGUAAAAGGAGGAAUUAAAUUUUUUAUUUGUUGAAAUAAAACUAAAUAACUGUU